AUGACAUCCACUCUCACCCCCCUCAAACAACCCAUCGCUCUGCGGACAGAAUACAUCACCUCACACCCAACCACCAUCCGAGUCAAACAGCACAGCAACAGCUGGUCCGGAGGCAACUUCACAAUCACAAAAUGUCCGACCGACGAGUCUCCCCUCGCGGAAAAGCUCUUCACAGUCGACGGGGACUUCAAAUCAAUGAGUCAGCGACGAUACAUCCAAGAUGCCUCCGGUCUACCUCUUUUUGAAAUCGCCCACAAAAGGCUCGGCGUAACAUGGUUUGUUCAUCUGCCUGGUGGCAAGGAGAAUACGAGCUCCUCUCCCAUUGCCACGAUCGUGCCUCAAUGGCAUGCCCUCAAGGAUAAGUUUGAUGUCUAUUUGAAUAAUGCUGCGGCGGGUGGAGAAGAGACGAUUCUGGAGGUGCGGGGUCAAGAUAUCUUUAAAUCGAAGACGCAUGUUUAUUAUAAGGGUGCCCUUGUUACGGUGAUUAAGUUGAAAGAUAUGGUCUCGGUUUAUAUUCCUGGGAAAGGGCCUACUUGGGAGUUGGAGGUUGGGGAGGGGAUGGACCUUUCUUUGGCUAUAAAGGAACCGCACCGAAGUCUUCUGGGUCAGAUCCAGAUCCUGGAUUGGGAAGUAGUGGGAAGGAGUUAG